GCUGCUCAGCUAAGAAUGCAGUGACGUGUUGGAGUUCCGUCAGCGUAGAGGUGUCUGACAGCAGAGCCUGCCCGGACCAACAGCUGCUCUGCCCGGCUGCUGAGACUGGGUUCGGUCCGCGGCAGAGGAGGAAACAAAACAAGGAGCGGGCAGGAGGAGAAGGUAGUAGUGCUUUGUUCCCUCUCUCCGGGACCCUGGGAACAUGCUUUUGCAGUAACAUGGACUCAUAGGUGGAGAGAAGAUAUUAUUUUUUUCUUAUUAUUUGUAUUAUUUGUUUUGUUCACUGUGCUCCAGGCUUCGGAGCAUCGUGAAGGAGCAGCCGCGCUCCCCGCUGCUCCUGCGCCGCCGCUCUCCUCCUCUCCUCGCAUCCUUCCAGCGGUUCCAGCUCCGGGUAAAAGCGGACAGGAUGCUGCGGGUGUUUUCUCUCACAUUUACAUCGAACGUCGGCUCCGGGAAGUGGCGUGAAGUCAGAUAAGACGAGGAAACUACACUGAAGGAUUGUUGUUUUUAUUUAAAAUUAUUAUUGACCAAGUAUAUAGUGAGGGGUAGAGGAGCAUUGAGGAACGGGAGGAGAAGAAGUGGUGGAGGAGCAGAACCUGAAACCUGCACGUUGGUUGAGCCUGCGGGGAUGAGGAGGACAAGCAGGGGACUUUGCUGCACAUCCAAGAUGUCCGUGUGAUUAAGAAGACGCAUGCAAGCCCGUGGAGGCGGUGAUGGCGAGUGAAGGCACCGGGGUCCAGUCGCUGCUUCAGCCCACCACAGCCCCGUCAGCAGCAGCAGCAGCAGCAGCAUGAAGGGGAGGAGGAGAUCAGAGAGCGCAAACACAGAGGAGGUGACCCUUGUCAUAUCCUGAAGGAGACAAGACAUAGAGCAAGACCCCCGUGUUUGUCUACAGUGCCAGUGCCUUCCUAACUCCACCGGCUUCGAAUUCCACUGGUGGCCUGUGACAUUCCCUUCUCCACCAGGCGACUCACUCCAUCCCAUCUGCCAGCUCAGACCCUCUGACUGUUGGCAACCACAUGUUUGAAGUGACUGUAUAUGACUGCCGCCGCCGCCCAUUCUUGAGCAGCAGCAAUUUCUUGCGAUCCCAAUCUGCACCAUGCAGUGGAGACGGCGGCACUGCUGUCCCAUCAAGAUGACCUGGACCAUUAAGCGUUCACUUUUUCGGACCCAUGUGGCAGGCCUCCUCUCACUGGCUCUGCUCUUUACCUUUGUUUUAUUUUUCAGUCAUCAGGACUGGCUGCCAGGACGCAGUGGACCCCGGGAAAACCCACUGACCUACACCAUUAGGGGAUUUCGCAGCCCCAAGGGAGAAGCUAACCAAAGUAGCUCCCUGAGGAGCCUGUGGAAGGAAGCAGGAUAUGCAGGGCCAAAGCCUUUUCUCAACCUCAGCUCUCUGCUGGCAGAUGGGAUGGCAGGAGAGGCCGGAGGAGGUGGAGGAGGAACCAGGAUGGGUGUAAUGGGGCUCGGGGACUCCAUGAGCGCUAACAACAGUUUACAGAAGGAAAUGGGUGUUGGAGGGAGGCUCAGUGCUCAACCUUACCGAUACAUCCUGAACGAACCCUUCAAGUGCAAGGACGCCACGCCUUUCCUCAUACUCCUCAUCGCCGCAGAACCCGGCCAGGCAACUGCCCGCAACGCCAUCCGUCAGACAUGGGGGAAUGAGAGUGUAGCAAUGGGCUUGGGAUUUGUCCGUAUCUUCCUGCUUGGAAAAGGAAAGAGCUCUGACGCCUACCUUCAGAGCAGCAUUGAGGAAGAGAGCCGUGUUUACCAUGACAUCAUUCAACAGGACUACCAGGACACUUACUACAACCUGACUGUCAAAACCCUGAUGGGCAUGAACUGGGUGGCCACCUAUUGCCCACAUGCCUCCUAUGUGAUGAAGACAGACAGCGACAUGUUUGUCAACACCGAGUAUCUCAUCCAAAAGCUACUGAAGCCUGAGCUGCCACCUAAGCAAAGAUACUUCACUGGCUACCUGAUGAGGGGUUAUGCACCAAACAGAAACAAGGACAGCAAGUGGUACAUGCCGCCGGAGCUGUACCCAAGCGAGCGCUACCCAACAUUCUGCUCAGGCACGGGGUAUGUGUUCUCAGGGGACUUGCCCGAGCUGAUCUACCAGGCCUCUCUUAGCAUACGCAGGCUGCAUUUGGAGGAUGUUUACGUGGGGAUCUGCUUGGCAAAGCUGCGCAUCGACCCGGCACCCCCUCCCAAUGAGUUCCUCUUCAACCACUGGCGGGUUUCGUACUCCAGUUGUAAGUACAGCCACCUGAUCACGUCGCAUCAGUUCCUCCCAAAUGAACUCAUCAAGUACUGGAACCACUUGCAGAGCAACAAGCAAAACGCCUGCAUCAAUGUGAUCAAGGACAAGAACGGCAGGUACAGACACCGAAAGUUUCACGGGGAGAGACCUCCGUGAUACGUCCUGUGACAAACACCCACUUCAAAAAAAGAAAAAAGGGAAAUAGGCACACUCUAACUGCAGCCAUUGGAGGGCAUGUUGAACUCGAAGCACUAUACACUAUAUGGGAAAAAGCACAUUGUUUUUGGUAUUGUGUACAGUUGAUGAUCCAAACUAUUUUUUUAAUUUGAGAAAAAAAUGAUUAUUAAUUAUUGUAAAAGUGGUGAGCUGUUUCUGAGGGGAGGCCAUGUCUGUGUUCAUGAUUAUUCAGGUGCCAACAGAAAGGUGAUUAUUUAUACUACAGUUUAUGUGUAGCUUCUCCUCUACCAAAGGGUAGUACAGUAUGUCACACUACAAAUCUUAGAAAAUGAAAAACAAAACACACGAUCGUGUUUACACAGACAAAGGGAAAUGUAUGUGUAUUAUGUCAAAAGUUACACUACCUAAAUAUGAAUGAAAGUAUCUUUGACAUUGACCAGUUAUGCUGCCCUGUUUUCCUGUGUUUACUUCACACGACACUAAGGUUUAUCUGUCAUGUACUGUAUUUUAUUUUGAAGAAAAUCGACACAAAAAUCACCCAGAAUCACAUCAAGAGAUGACUGAGAUUGUAUUUUUUAAAGCUUUACAUUGAGUAUGACUGCACUUGAGCAAAUGUGCAAUGAAUCAAUUAACAAUUAAAUGUAUUGAAGUCA